AAAAAAAAAAAAAUGAAUGCGCCAGUCAGUCACGGUUACCAGAUUUCCUGCACGAAUUGGGAUGAUGUGAGCCACAAGAAUGCCUAAACCCGAUACUAUCGAUAUGCAUGCUCAGUUACUAUGUUUUUGAGGGUUCACAGCCAUUGGCGCAUCACACGUGUAGCUCUUACCCCUCAUUGAGUCACUCAUUCGAGACGCGCCUCAAUCUUGUACACUACAAAACGACACACACAUCCACCCACUUGAGCCCACAUAUCUGGUCUGACGCCGCCCGCGCAUUUAGCCCUCUCCACGGCAGCAAACCCGCACCCAAUUGCAAGUGCCGACGUGGGACUCGUGGCCUAGCCCGUAGCAGAAUUCCCCAUUCAAGUCUUUGUUAGAGGGUGCACAGCGCGCGUCUGCAUACUACAAACCCUAGCAAUUGCGUGCUUGAUUCAUAGCCAUGGAUCUCGUCAACUCCUUGAACGACCGUCUCCUCUUUGCGGUGCCUAAGAAGGGCCGCCUCCACCAAGCUUGUCUUGAUCUCCUCCACGGCUCAGACAUUCAGUUCCACCGACACUCCCGUCUCGAUAUCGCACUCGUCAAGAACCACCCUCUCGCUCUCGUCUUCCUACCUGCCGCCGAUAUCCCGACUUUCGUAGGAGAAGGUCGCGUAGACUUGGGCAUAACCGGGCGCGAUCAAGUCGCAGAACACGAGUGCGUUGCACCGCCUACUGCCACCAGCGGCGUAGAGGAGGUUCUCGAUCUCGGGUUUGGAAAAUGCAGUCUGCAGGUACAAGUCCCCGCAAAGGGCGACCUAGCCAAGCCAGAGGACUUGAUCGGCAAGAAUGUUGUCACCAGCUUUACCAACCUGGCUGAGCAGUACUUCCGGAAACUCGAGGCCGAACAAGCUGGAAACACAAAUGGCGAAGCGAAUGGCGACGCGAAACUCAAGACAGUCAUUAAGUACGUUGGCGGCAGUGUUGAGGCGGCAUGCGCGCUGGGUGUCGCGGACGGUAUCGUCGAUUUGGUGGAGUCAGGAGAGACAAUGCGCGCUGCAGGCCUAAAGGCCAUCUCCACAGUCGUCGAUUCCAGCGCCAUCCUUAUCAAGUCAAAGCACCCAUCAGAUCCCAAACUGGUUGAGCUGAUCACCGCUCGGAUAAAGGGUGUUAUCACUGCACAAAAGUACGUUCUGUGCACAUACAACAUCGACCGGUCGAAACUCGAUAUCGCGCGCAAGAUCACUCCCGGACGUCGCGCUCCCACCGUUAACGCGUUGGAAGAGGAUGGCUGGGUGGCUGUACAGGCUAUGGUGUUGAGGAAAGAUAUCGCUAUUGCCAUGGACAAAUUGACGGAGGUUGGGGCCACCGAUCUCAUAGUAACGAAGAUCGAGAACUCGAGAACGGGUGAUUGAGCGAUGCAUUGCGCAUGAGAUAGGAAGGGAAAAUCCGGUCUGCAUUUCUUGCGCAACAUGUGCGUGCGAUAGAUGAGGACCACAUAGAAGGGCUCUAGCGUAAUGGUUUUACAGCUUGAUGCACAAACCUUCAACUAUAUGGCACAACCACUGGAGAUUUCGCAAUUCAUAUAAAUGAUAUAUUCGAAAG